AGGAGGGGAGAGAGCUCAAGAAGAUGUAACUACUCUGCCACAGCAUCCUCACAGAUCACUGGGCUGAGGGAUGUUACAGACGGGGACACACGCCAGUGGUCCUCUGUUAAAAGCGAGGCACAGCAGGAUCACAACUGCUCAACGGAAAACUGCAGCUUGGCAACACCUGGGACUGAUCUUCCCACUUCUUCUGUUCCACUGAACCUCUGAAAUUUCGGAGUGGACGAUAUUAGGAUGCUCUGCUGUCUUGCAGAGAGGCGUCACUUUGAAGAAAGUUGGCUUCUGUCUCUGUAAACAUGUGCUCCUACGUCCAGCACAGGAUCAUCCCCCUGAAAGUCUACUGCACCUGCUGAGACAUCCAACAAGACACCUGCGGAGCACCUGAGAUGGUGUGACAUCCAGCCAGCUGUUGGCUGUCCCACAUCUGGGUGAAGAUGCCUGUGAUGAAGGGCCUCCUGGCCCCACAGAACACCUUUCUGGACACCAUCGCCACACGCUUUGAUGGCACCCACAGUAACUUCCUGUUGGGUAAUGCCCAGGGCCACCGUGGCUACCCCAUUGUUUACUGCUCAGAUGGUUUCUGUGAGCUGACAGGCUUCACCAGAACUGAAGUGAUGCAGAAGCAUUGCACCUGCCACUUCCUGUAUGGGACUGACACCAGCGACCACGUGGCCCAACAGAUAGAGAAGGCUCUGGAGGGCCGAGAGGAGUACCAGGCUGAGGUUCACUUUUACAAGAAGAAUGGAGUGGCCUUCUGGUGCCUCUUGGACAUUGUCCCCAUAAAGAAUGAAAAGGGGGAAAUGGUCCUCUUCCUCUUCUCAUUCAAAGACAUCACUGAAACCUACGGAAAGGACCCCCACAGCAGCAAGAGGGAAGAAGAUGAGAGGUGCAGGAGGAAGGGCAGGUCUCGCUUCAGUGAGGCCAGGAAACAUGGACGCACCGUGUUGUACCAGCUGACCAGCCACUUCUCAAGAGGCGACAAAGGCGACGCCAGCCUGGAUGAAAACAUGAUUGACAAGAAUUCAGUCCCAGAAUACAAGGUGGCAGAAGUGAAGAAGUCAUGCUUCAUCCUGCUCCACUACAGCAUAUCAAAGACUCUGUGGGAUUGGCUCAUUCUACUGGCAACCUUCUACGUGGCUGUCACGGUGCCCUACAAUGUCAGCUUCUGGCCACAUGAAGACUCCUUCACAGCUGCGCGCUCCACCAUCGUCAGUGACAUCCUAGUGGAAGUGUUAUUUAUCAUAGACAUUAUCCUGAACUUUUGUACGACCUAUGUGAGCCAGUCUGGUCAGGUGGUGUACGGGCUACGCUGCAUUUGCCUUCACUAUGUCACCACUUGGUUCUUUGUGGAUUUGGUGGCUGCCUUGCCCUUUGACCUUCUGUAUGUCCUCAACGUCACUGUGACUUCCAAGGUCCACCUGCUAAAGACGAUACGCCUUCUGCGACUUCUUCGACUUUUUCACAAGCUGGACCGCUACUCUCAGUACAGCGCCAUGGUGCUGACCCUCCUGAUGUCUAUGUUUGCCCUGCUGGCACACUGGAUGGCCUGCAUCUGGUACAUGAUUGGACAACAGGAGAUAGAGACUGGUAAAAAAUGGGAAAUAGGAUGGCUUCAUGAGCUGGGCAGACGUAUGGACACUCCGUACAUAAACAACACAGUGGGCGGCCCGACCGUACACAGCUCCUACAUUGCUGCCCUUUACUUCGCUCUCAGCAGUCUGACCAGUGUGGGCUUCGGAAACGUCUGUGCCAAUACUGAUGCAGAAAAGAUAUUUUCCAUCUGCACCAUGCUCAUUGGAGCAAUGAUGCACGCUGUGGUCUUUGGUAACGUGACAGCCAUCAUCCAACGCAUGUACUCACGCCGUUCUCUCUAUCACACACGUAUGAAUGAUCUAAAGGACUUCAUCCGUGUUCACCAUUUGCCUCAGCAGCUUAAACAACGUAUGCUGGAGUACUUCCAAACCACAUGGUCUGUCAACAAUGGAAUAGAUGCCAACGAGCUCCUGCACGACUUUCCUGAUGAGUUACGCGCUGAUAUCGCUAUGCAUCUGAAUAAGGACAUCUUUCAGCUGCCGGUCUUCAGGGGGGCCAGUCGUGGCUGCUUGCGCUCACUCUCUCUUCAUAUUAAAACCUCUUUCUGCGUACCUGGGGAGUACCUGAUCCGUCAGGGUGAUGCACUGCAUGCCAACUACUUUGUCUGCUCAGGUUCCCUGGAGGUGGUGAAAGACAACAUGGUGCUUGCCAUCCUUGGAAAAGGAGACUUGAUUGGGUCUGAAUUACUUGGGGCUGACCAGGUGAUCAAGACUAACGCAGAUGUGAAGGCUCUCACUUACUGUGAUCUCCAGUGCAUCAGUCUGCAAGGCCUGAGGGAGGUCCUGGAACUCUACCCAGAGUAUGGCAGUGUGUUUGCCACUGACGUCCACAACAAUCUCACAUACAACCUACGACAAGGCAGCCAGGAUGAGGGCCACAGCAGAUUUUCCAGGUCACCCAAACUUCUCCACGAACCCAACCUCCCCUCCAUUGUGGAGACAAGGACUGACAACCCUGACGAGUCUUUUCACCCCUCUCCAGUCUUUCGCUCUCGACGUAACCUCCUGCUGCCCAGCUUUGCAAGCCCUGUUCGACGUACAUCCCUGGGGAAUCUGCUCGGGGAUGAAUUACGACAGUUUAGUGCCCUACGACGCUGUCGUUCACCAAACCUCAGUCGUGGCUUCCUCGGGCAGAGCUCCUCCCCUCAGCCACCAUCAAACAAAGAGCAUAGUUCUCCUGCAUCAGUCCAGUGUCUGGCCUCAUCCUCAGCCCACGGAGAUUCUGGAGCUGAGCUAAAGCCUUCAAAGCUGCCAAUCCCAACUGUCACUUUUGUUGCCCCUCCGGAUCUUAGUCCCAGGGUUGUCGACGGCACUGAAGACAAUGGGCACACGUUCAACUUCACGAUGGAGCACAGCGCGUCUAAUACCAGCACAGGUGGCAACACCCAAGAGUCCACCAAAGCUAACACUGCUCUGCUGCUGGAGACGGAGGAGGUCAAACAAAGCUUAAAUCAACUAAACCUAAAGGUGGGCACAUUAAACCAGGAAGUGUCGGAGCUGACCAAGGGCCUGCACCACAUGAUGAAUCUGCUCCAGGCUCACAUAUCUGUAAAUCUCCAAAAUACCUUGUUCCCCGCCUGCAUUCCUGCAGCCUCCAGUACUGGUGUGCCAGUAGCAUCUGCUUCACCCUACUGCCUCCACACCAGUCCAACCAUUGCCCACUGGAGCUGCAGUGGAACAACUGCGUCACAAACUGAGAGCCACCAGUCAUCUUCCUCAUCCACUAACUCUUGUCUUUCAGUAAAUGCUGCAUCUAAGGAGGGUCUGUGUCAUAGCUCUGAGAGCAGGACCUCUCUUCUGUGGACCAGCCCAUCUCUUCUCACUUCAGGCUCCUGUGGUGGAACACACCUUACCAGGCGGGGGGACUCCAGACCUCUGGGUGCUAGUCCAACCACGAUCAGCCAGUCUCAUCCCACUUUGUGCCUGCAGUCUCCUGAUGGUGAUGAUUUAUCUUGCCUUUUGUCCAGUGUUGCUACUGGUUCAUCUACACAUAGUCUACUGGACCAGUCCAGCAGAUCCUGUUCCCCUCUAAAUAUCUUGCAAGCCUCAAAUGAGACCGUUCAUCCUCUGGUUCAUAACCUGACUCGGGUUACCUCUGUCUUCCACACGGAGGACUCACACCCAUCCAUCCAGCCAGUGUCUUCUUCUACUACUUUACUCUGCCAGCCUUCCGUCUCCUUUAUGGAUCCAGGAUCAAUAAAGCUGGAUGUUCUACAGCCCACUUGCUCACUAGGCAGCCCCUCUGCCUCAGACCACACCAGUUUGGAGUGUCUCCUGGGAAACAAGGAGUCUGUGGAAAGUACAGACAGUCAAAGUGCAUCAUCACGAAGACCCAGCACCGAAGUUCAGACUCAGAGCACCGAGCAGUCAUGGAGUCUGGAUCUGACUGAGUGAAGUGUUUUAGGUGCCGACUGAUUUUACUGACAUGCAACUUCAACAGUGUUUAAACAGUCUCUGCUAAGAUUGUUCUCGUUUUCUUUAUUUUAAUCUUUUGAUUCUUAGGCUUCUACUUUUGUCAUUUUCUAUGCAAAAAGCAUGUUUUGUGCAUUAUGUUGGCUUUACUGAAGUGUGUCUUUAACAAAAUAUUUAUUGUAUUUUUUUUCCAACAUCCUUUGAGCCUUUUGCCAUUUAUGAUACCCGUUACCUGUCUUGCAUGGUAAAGUUUUCUUAACUUUUUUCCUAAGGAAAAGGUUUCCACAUUUAAUGUGUAAGCAUUCUACAUGACGAGCUGUUGAUUGUGCACAUUGAUGCUGCAUUUAUAUGGCCGAUACGUUAGAAGUGUUGGAUAUUUUAUCACAUAGACAAACAAACAUGACAUAUGGUUCCCUUUUGCAUGAGAUGUGCACUUUAUGCAUAGAUUGUUGUAUUUAUUGAAUGUGUUUCUCAGUUCAUCAUAUUUAUUUGUCAGUUUGGUUUAUUUUCAAAACUCGAUCAAGUAACGCACAUCAAAUUCUUUAAAUUAUUCUUUUUUAAUUUUUCUAAAUUAUCUAGACAUACUUGCAAAUUAAUUGCAAUACACUUGUAUUACCAAAACCACUUAAAACUAGGUUUACUAUCUACUAAUAAAACCAUAUUUAACUUGGAAGGUGGUUUUCUGACUUAAUUCUAAAUAAUUAUAAUUCCGAAAGCAUCUGAGAAAAAAAAUGAUGAUAUUUGUACAUUAUUAGGAAUAUGUAGAAGUUUUGUAUUCUCUCUGAAUGAUUUUUCUUGGCUGGAAAUAAAAUGUAGAACAUA